CUGCUCUCCAGGCUCACGAAAUGCUCCGGUUCGCGACGAGGAACGUCCCCCGGCGGUCGACGGCCCCGCUGAGGCGCAGGGCGUACGCGACGGCGUUCACCAAAGGCUGGCUUUCGGACCCAAAAACCGUCGGAAUCGUGGGAUGUCCCUUCAGCGGUGGCCAGCCCAGACCGGGUGUAGACACCGGCCCCAUCCACCUCGUGCAAGCCGGUCUCCCCGACCAGCUCACCACGCUCGGCUGGAAAGUGCACUUCGACGGACAUCACCAGUUCGAGAACAUCCACCUCGCCGACGAUCCGCCCAUCGGCAUCCUCAAGAACCCUCGCUUCGUGUCGAGAGUAUGCGAGGCGGUCUCCAAAUCGGUCUAUGGCCACGCCAGCCAGGGACGGCUGCCGCUGACCCUCGGCGGUGAUCAUUCUCUCGGGAUGGCCACUAUUUCGGGAACACUGCAGCGGCAUCCUGAUGCCUGCGUGAUCUGGGUCGACGCACACGCCGAUAUCCACAUGCCCGAGACGACUGAGACCGGCAAUAUCCACGGUAUGCCGGUCUCCUUCCUCCUCGGCAUCGGCAAGAAGAUACCCGAGUUCAGCUGGAUCAAGCCAGCGCUCAAACCAUCGAAGAUCGUCUACAUUGGCCUGCGCGACGUCGACGCGGGCGAGAAAACCAUCUUAAAGGACCUCGGGAUCAAAGCAUUCAGCAUGCACGAGGUGGACAAGUAUGGCAUCGGCCAGGUCGUCCAGAUGGCUGUGGAUCACGUCAACCCGAACCGGGAUACGCCCAUCCAUCUCAGCUUUGAUGUGGACGCCUUGGACCCCACGGUCGCUCCGAGCACGGGCACUCCUGUUCGUGGAGGUCUGACUUUCCGCGAAGGGCACUACAUCUGCGAGGCCAUUCACGAGACCGGUCUGCUCGUCGCCCUGGAUCUCAUGGAGGUCAACCCGACCCUCGGGACGGGCGAAGAGGACGUCCAUCAGACCGUGGCGAUUGGCUGUUCCCUCGUAAGGGCAGCGCUGGGGGAGACGCUACUGUGAAUUCUUUCAGAUGAACCCUAAGCAUCCACGAGUUGGAAGAAGUUACGACCUUAGCAUCACCGUCAUCUGUAAUACACCCACAUAUGCAAUAAACCCUCCAGUGCACUAUCAGC